AUGGGCAUCUUGUGGCUGUGGUCGUUGCUGCUGUUUGUGCCAUUCCUCUGCUUUCUAGGUGACAGGUUUCGCGCCAGGGUGUCGGGUUUCAGCGUCAAUCCUCGUCAAGGAUCAUACGACCAUACUUACUUCCGGACAAUGACUACUCCGGGACCUUCGUUUUCUGAGCACAUCGAGAUGGAGACCAUGCUCAACGCGAGAGAAACCAUUCCAGAGGAUGAAGAUAUUUGA